AUGGUUUUCAACCAAAAUCUAAGGCACGAGGAGGACAUGUACCGAGUGAUCAUCACAAACUAUGAGGAGAGACAGAAGGAAGUGAUGAUGGAGAAUCAAGUCUUGAGAGAAUCUCUUAGCAACAUGCAACAAGAACUGGUUAAUCUACUCAACAGACAGGCAGGAGAAGGUGGUGGAGGAGGAGUAGGAGGAGGAACCCCAAACAAUAGACAAGGGUACAUCUCCGACAGCGAAUACGGUGACACGAGAUCCAUCGACUCGUCCAUCAGCGAGCUAUCUACGGGCCACUUCCAGAUGCCGUUUGAGAUGGUCCGAGAGGGCAUCGAGACGAGUCUCCGUCAGAAGUGGCAGAAGCUCAGGGAUCACAUCCAGCAGAUUGAGAAGGAGAACAGGGAGAACCAGGAGGGUGGAGGGGGAGGAGGGAGCAGUAAGGAUGGUACAGGGAGCACUGGAGAUGAAGGGAAGAGUGGAGGAGGAGGAGGAGGUGGAGGCAGCUCCGGUCCUAAGGAUGCAGAGAUAGAGAAUCUGAGGAGAAAGCUGGAGGCCUAUCAUGAUAUCAUCGUACAACAGGAGCAGGUCUUACAGGCCGUGCAAGAAACCGGUAUGGAUGGAGACUUUCUGGGCUUCAUCAGGGAGUCUACGUUGCUAGAUGAGAAGGAAAAUCUAGCCACCGAACAAAAUAGGUUGUAUGGCAUGAAACACAACUUUGAAAAGGAGCAGAGAAAUUUUACAGAUGCUGCGAUUAGAUUAGGCGAGGAGAGGAAGAAGUUUGAGGAAGAGAGGAGUGCAUACCUCCAGGAGCAACUGAUGCUGACGCCAUUGUCUUCCCAUCAUGCACCUCUGCUACGACCCCCAAGGUCAAUCAACAAAGCAACAAGCCCCAGCCUGAACCCUACCAGCCAACAGCCCCUUAACCAAUCCCCCUUACCCCCACAUCACACCCCAUCAGGAUCCCAGAAGAGAGUGCAGACCCCUUCCACGGUGGAGCUUUACAGGGCUCUCAAGUUAUUACCAGAGGGAGGAAAAUACCUUAAUGUCUCGAGGGAAAGCAUUCAUUCGAUUGGAAGCCAGAGCCUUCUCUCGGAUUCAGAGCUGUCGUGCCACUCUGGUGUUUCGACUCCCCGCUCGUCCAAAGCGCCAUCCAUCAUCACAGGGCGCCCUCUAUCGAGCCAAUCGGGACACAGCAGCCACGGCAGCACAGACAGCCUCAACAAGGUGGGCACCAAGUCAAGAAGGACUGAGGAACACAAACAUAACCUGAGAAAGACUAUGGCUCACAGGCAACGAAGAGCAGACAAGGGGGCUCACAAGAAAUGAUGAUGGUGCAGAACUCAACCACUAUCGCCUUUCCUUCUGCCUCUGUGAUUUUGUUCUUGAGAAGUUGCUUAAGUUAGGAAUACCAAAAAUCAGCCUUACCAUAGUCGGUCACAAGAGACGUUUGGUUCGUAUCUCUGUUAUCUUCAACUUGAUGAAGACAUUGCCUUGUCUUUAAAAUCUUGGAGAUGGUGCCUGAGAUUUAAAACCACUGCUGCAGCAAUAAGAAGUGAACAUGCUGAAACAAGUGCCCUUCAGGUCUAGAAGAUGCCAUUACUUUAUAGUAGAAUUCAAACAAUGUGUACCAUAUCCCUGCAUUUUAACUUUGCCAUGUGGAGGGAUUCCUUGGUGGAGAUGUUGGAUAUUUUUUGAUGUGCUGGAUUAUAAAUAAAAUUGCAGUGUAUCACUAUGAAUGGAGUUAGCUGCCAGGUUGGUACCUUGCUCCGUGAUGAAUUAACUACCUGCUUUGAGACUGAAGCAAGUUUAAUAUCAGAUGUCAUGUACUUGAGCUCAAGGGAAAACCCCUCAUGGAUUCAGCAACGAGUCCAAAGGUUCAUGCAUAGUCAUCAAGAGGCUGGCGCAGCAGUUUGUGAAACCAGAGGCAAGAAAGCGUAAGGAAUACAAUCUUAAGAGAAAUACCCUGCCGAUCCUGUAAUACUUAACGGGUUUAUCGUCAUAUCAGAUGACCCGCAUUUUACCGGUUGACUGAACUUAAUACUGGAUUUAAUUGCCGGUAAAAUAGUGAAGAAAACCUACUUAGUUCUUUGUUGUAUUGUUCAGCUAAAGUACUCGCAAGUACCUUACCCAUGUGCAAUGGAAAUACUAGCAUCUGACAUGCCUUUUAUGUAUAACUUUUCUUUUGUACUUGUUUUGUGGAUUGACAUACUAACUGUAGAGACUUGAGCUUCCCUUUUAGAUUAUCAAAUAGUCAUUUUCUUUAAUGGUUCACUUGAUAUUAUUCAUCAUCUUGAUUCUUGACAAUCGCUAACAAGGUGUCACCUGACUUCAUUGUAAAGUAUAAAUGCUUCCAUAGUGAGUAUAGUGAUUUGAAAAGUAUUUCUUUAUUUGAGGUUGAUAACAUCAGACUUUAUUAUUUCUGGAGAGAAUAUCAAUGCUGUAAAGACUACACAGGACAAAUGAACUGGAAAUACAAAAGAAAAGUGGUUCUUGUUGGCAUUCCCUACAUUAUGUAUGAAGUCCAACAAGAAAUCAUCUUCAAGGAAAUAGAAUGUGUUAUCAUUAUGUACAGGGAGUUGCUGUUAAGCAUGUUUGUUCUUUGAUAAUCCCAUAUUUAUAUUUGAAUUUAUCUCUAUACUUUUUCACCCAGAGUUUAGUGCUGAGAAGUUUUGAAAACGAGAAUGUAAAAUGGAAGUUAUUUUUGUAUUUGUUUUUGUAUAAGUUGGUGAUUUGUAAUUUGUCUUUCAUAUGAAAGCACAUUAUUCAGAUUAUUAUUCAGUUUAUCUGCUGCACAAUUUAUGUUGUGUGAAAUCUGGGCCACUUGACACAAAGUUUAGGAUUAAUCAUAGGGUGGAUUUUUAACAAUUGAUCACAUUGAUCAUUGUGUACAAUAAAUCAUACAAAUCAAUCGUAUGAUCAAUCACUAGGCUUUGUGUUACUGGUCCCUGCUUGUUUUAUGAAAGAUUAAAAGCUAGUAUAUGUUUUGGUGCCUUUCCUGUCAAUUCAGGCCCGGUUUCAUGAAACUUGUUAUUAAUUACAAAUGCUAGAAUUCAACAAAUGGUUAUGCCUUCAUCCAAUCAAAUGGCAUGAUUUCAGUAGCUGACAACAGAAUCUUAUUUUUUUCCAUCAGUUAAAAAAAAAGUGUCAUGAAAUAGGGCAAUUUGUUUAAUUUCAUCAGAAUAAAUAUGUCAAUGAGAUAUUGGAGAUUCUUUAAUUGGUCUUAAAUUGUAUGUUUAGAGAUUUAAAUCCAUUGAUGUUUGAAUGAAUAUGCCUUUUACAGUGUGAAUAUGUUAUAAAAACAAAGAGCUAUUUUUGGAAUGUGCCUAUAGAUAGAAAUAUGUGUAAAUAUCUCUGGUAUAAUAUAUAUUAGGUAUAUGAGAUGUGAGAAAAUUACAUGACUACAAUACAAGGAAAUAUUGCAUAAGAGUUCUUUUUUUUAAUCCAGAUUGUUUCAGUUUUCAUUUACAUGUAUUUGUACUUUUUGCUUAACAUUUGUUGUAUCAACAUACUUGUGUCUAAUGGUGCAUUGCAUUUCAGAGAAGAAAAUACGCAUUUUAAAGUUUGAAAUUGAAAGUGCCUUAAAACAGUUUAUAUGCAGCAAGGAUAGAUAUUGUAAAAAAAUCUUUUAGGCCGUUCUUGGUCAUGCGUGUGACCAAAAUGAUGACAAAUCUUGAUUUUAAUUAGUUAUGAAUCUAAAACAAUUCUGAGAUUUAGUAAUUCAAAUGUUAUCAGGGGUGUGAGAGUUCAGAUUUUUAUCUGAUUUCAGAUUUUUUUGUUUUGAUUUUCAGCUUAAUUUCAGCUUAUUUUUGGCCUUCCUCUGUACAAAAAGUAUGGGAGCUCUUUCUAUUUCAGACUUUUUCAACACUCUUCAGCUUUUUUUCAGAUCUUUUUAUUUGUGACCACUCACACCCCUGUGUUAUAUAACAUUAACAUUUAAGUCAUCAUCAUCAUCUGCUGUAAUCUUCAAAGGGCUCUGCAGCCUAUCAUCUGGAAAUAUUUUUUGCUGUCUCCAAUAUGCAGGUUCAAGGUCAUUGGUCAAAAGAAGUGGGUGAUGUGUGUGGCUUCAGAGAACCAUUAUUUUGAAAGUUUAAUUUCAUUUUGAAAUUCCUGUGAAUUUCAAAAUGAAAUCAAACUUUCAAAAUCAUAAUUAGCUAUAAAUCUCUAAAUUUUUAGAUUCAUAACUAAUUAAAGCCAAGAUUUGUCAUAAAUUCUGUCACACAAUAAAGUAGACAUGGGAAUGAUAUGUAGACAUUAUUCAUUAUUACAGAGAAAUAUAUUUACUAAAUUCACUGUUGGAAAAGAUAGUAUUGUAUGCAGUAUUUGAGACAGCGAAUGUGUUAUAUUAAAAGUAAUGAUA